GUAUAAAUGGGGUUCUUGACGUGGGCGUGCAGCAUUACACAGAGUGUAUGUCUCCUGCCUCUUAGCUGCACCGGAGCGAAAAAAUACAAUGAAGCUCACUGGAUCUCUCGUGUUUCUGGGUGUUCUCGCUGGAGCCUAUGGUGCCAUCUUGAGCUCAAGGCACCGCGACAACGACUUUGAAGAUGCAAGGCCGAUACACUACCGCAUCUGGGGCGAGAACCCCUGGGACUACCCGGGCAACCCACCUCCCAUCUUUCCGCCGGAUGAUUUCCUGCGGUACUCGCAGACUGGCCGAUGGUGGAAUCAAGAAAAGCCAUGGGAGAACCCUUCCAGGGAUGUGCGGGAUUCACUCACAGACAGUAAAGAUGACGAUACUGAUGAAUAUGGCAUGUGGGGAAAGUUUCCGUGGGAACGUCCUGGUAACCCUCCUCCGUUUUCGCCACCAGCCGACACAAUGACUUUCUCACAGAUUGAUCGCUGGCGGAAUCAGGACGAGAACGCAGAAAAGCCUUGGCGGUCCUUGAGGCCAUUCCUCUCGGAAAUUAAAGACGAGGAUGCCGAAGAGUACCGCCUGUGGGGAAAAUUGCCUUGGGAGCGCCCUCUAAAUCCGCCACCUUUCGUUCCACCGCCAGACACGGCGACGUUCUCACAGAUCGGGCGCUGGUGGAAUCAAGAGGAGAUGGGCAAACGCCCUACGAAGCUUUCAAGGGACUCAGUUGAAGAGCGCUAUGAUGAAGAGGAGUUCAAGCAGAGUCCUACAAAAAAUGUUGAAGAAAAGCACGGAAAGUUUCUACCCUUUCUUCCAUCGAAAGACCACAAGCUGAGGAGGGUAGCGCGCUCCAUCUGGCAGAACAAACCUUGGGAGAAGCCGUGGAAUCCACCCCCCUUCCUGCCAGGACGCUACCCUCCCCUUCAGUAAAUGGUUCCUGUGUGCUGAAGACUGCGCAUCCACAUCGAAUACAAAACAAGAGGCAUUCGGACCGGGAAAGGAAUGAAACCGUUUAACAGUUUUGUUUUUGUGAGAACUCCGGCCAGUGUUCACAACGGCCGCUCACCAACAUACGUGGCAGACGACGACACUCAGCUGUAUGAGGCAGCGAAAGAAAAAUAAACGCACAUGUUCCCGUCAUGUAAAA